CUUAGUUUUUAACGGGAGAUUUCAAUUUUCCACGUUCUUUUCUUUCUUUCUGUGUUGAAAAUGACCAUCACAAAUUUCUCAAUUGAAUAUGAUGCCAUCAACAGCAAAAACUCGUUCACAAAUGGAGAUGCCAUCAACGGAAGAAUCAUCGUAGAGGUUUCUAAAGAAACUACAAUCCAAGCGCUUGUUUUCAUAGCUAAAGGAAAAGCUCGGGUUUGCUGGCAUGAACACUAUGGGCAAAAUCGUCAUCACGUUUACUGGGCAGAUGAGAAAUAUUACGAGGUCAAGCAGCACAUCUUGAGAGAAUCAAGACAAGAUGGUACUGAAGUCAUCGGACAAGGAAGACAUGUGUUUCCUUUUACCUUCACUAUUCCUGACAGGAAAAUCCCAUCAAGUUUUAAACACAACAUUGGCAAAAUUGUCCAUAAGGUGAGGGCAGAGCUUAAACAGUCAAUGAGGCUAACAAAAAGAGCCAAAGCCUACUUCACAUUUGUGUCCAAAGCAGACAUGGAUAUCCCCGGACUUAUGGACCCUCAAUAUGGCUGCAAGGACAAAAGCGUCAGAGCUUUUGGCUCUGGAAACGUCUCACUGGAUGUCCAUACAAAGCGGAUGGGAUACAGACAAGGUGACCCUAUCGAAGUCACACUUGAAAUCACCAAUAACUCCAGUCGUGCAGUGAAGCCCAAAUUCAUACUGUACGAGAAGAUGAGCUUCUUUGCCCAGGGUCGAAGGAGAGUAAACACGCAUGAGAUCUUGAAGGAGAAGGCUAAGGCUGUUGAGGCUUCCUCUGGCAAAAAAACUGUGACCAAGAUGAUCACCAUCCCCAAAGAACUGCUUCCCUCCAUCCUGAACUGUGCCAUCAUCAAGCUAGAAUACAGGCUGAAGAUCCAGCUGGAUAUCAAAUAUGCUACAGACCCAGAGGUCAAAAUCCCUAUAGUGGUCCUACCUGAGUUUUCAGAUGUAAAGCAACCACCUGCUGCCACUUCUUCUUUUGGAUUUGAAGCUUUUGGGAACCCAAAGCAACCACUGAGCACCACGCCCCAAUAUGCACUACCUCAAGCUAUGUGGAACACCGCACCCCAACCUGGAGUACCCUCACCUAUGGAUCCCCCUCCUCCCUAUGGAGCGUAUGCAGGCUACCCCUCCUUCCCUUCUGACACGUAUAGAAAUGCUCUGUAAAUACCUGCCUUAAAAGAAUAUACCAUCAUUAUAAUGUUGCAUGUCUAUAACUCUGUCAGACUCAAGGUGGUCAGUUUUUUACAGCUUCUCAAUCAGAACCAGAGGGAUCAUCCUUUUUACUCCACAAACUCCUCCUCUUUGCUUAAGCCUACAUUAUCCACAGUGCAAUACAGUAAUCAAAAGCAUGUUUCGAGACUCAUGUGUGCAAUUUUGUGGCCAAUAAAUCUUCGAGCUGCUGGCCACCUUCCCUUUGUUACUCCACACCCCCAGAUCAAGAGGACUUAACUUGGCAGUUAUCAGAUGUCCUGCAGCUCCCUCUGGAGCCACAAAGAGGUUUAUACAGCUUUUAUUCCAUAUAUGAAGCAGUGCUGCCCAGUAACUGUUCACUAUAAUGUGUAAAAUCAGUAAUUCUUUUCUUCUUUCUUAUUUCAGUUCACAAUAUUGCAUGAAUCUUAUGUCCUUGAAAAAUUAUACAUAAAGUGUUUUGUACUUGGUUUAUGUAUCAGAUGAUUAAUCGUCUUUUAGUUACACUAAUUGUUCAUGUUUAGAUUGUUGCUUCGGAAAUUGCUUGUUGACCA